UUCGACAUGGUUGCCCAACUCCCACCAGAGCUUCACGAAUGCAUCGUGAAUACGAUGCACCCCACCACCGACCGUGACACGUUGCUCGCAUGCUGCCUCGCGGCCUCUGUGUUCCGCCUCCCCUGCCAAAGACAGCUGUUUUCUUACCUUAAUAUCUCGGCAACUUUCCCGGGCCACUCGUAUGCUGCCGUUGCUGCGAAAAUAGAGGAAUUUCCCGCGUUGGCACAGUACUGCACCAAACUAUGGGUGGCAUUACCUAGUAGCGGUGACUUGGAUUCAUUUCAAUGGGGCAAUGAGCGGGCGAUUGCAGAGACGGUCCUGUGCCGGCUGACCAAUGUCCGUGAAGGGGGCCUCUGGCUGGCAGCAGACCGAUUCCUCGACUCAUUUGUCUUAAACGCAACGCAAUGGCUGCUGAACGUAUUCCGAAAGCACUAUCAUCAACUCACGCACUUCAAGGCGUACAGUUUACUGAUGACGCCGACUUUGCUUGAACAGUUGCUCGGCGCGGCACCGUAUAUCGACAUAAAAUACACAGAGUUGCGCAGCGAUCAACCACUGUCUCAAACCCAAAUUGCUCCGCCUGUGCCGCUCACUCGCCUCUCGAUAUCUGGAAGCGAAGACCUCUGCAGUGUCUUUGACCGGCCCGCGAUCGGUCCGUACUUACAAUUCGUUGACGAGUUGGUCCAAAUGUUUGUCGAAACACAAGCCCAGCUCACACCGUGCUUUGCUGCAGCCAUGACGCUUGAGCGGCUCGAGUGUCAUUUUACAUUCCGUGCUUCCAACUGGAAGACCCUCCGUCUACCAGCUGCUCUCCCCCGUCUUCAGUGCCUCACCCUGGGCAUUUACUCACAUGACCUCCCGCCGCUCCUCCCGCCGCUAAUCCGGACGGGUGUUCCGGCGCUCGCCGAGCUUCGACUCAAAGUCUCCAUUAUACACCGGGGUGACACCUCUAAGAUUGCGGAGUCGCUCGCUGGGCAGGCUCCGCUCUUCACGGACUUUGACGCAGCCCUUGUCGUGCACCGCGCCAUCACGUGCGUCGUGUGGUCCUUUAGCUUGGACGGCGCAACUAUGCCUGAGACGGCGCAGUAUGUCGCGAGCUUCACAGCCGCAUUGGCGCAGCGUCUGCCGAACAGCUGGGCAAGGGGGCUGUUGGCGGUGGACGACGAUGACCAGAGCACUAUCACCAAUAAAUAA